AUGGAGACUGAGGAACAGAAACUUAUUGAUUUGAACAGCAACGAGAGUAAUUGUGGUGGAAAUAAUAGCAAAAACGGUGAUGGAUUCAUUGACAGGAGUAAAGUUAGGAUUUUGCUUUGUGAUAACGAUUCCAAGAGUUCUGAAGAGGUUUUUACUCUUCUUUUGAAUUGCUCUUAUCAAGUUACGUCUGUAAAAUCAGCAAGGCAAGUGAUUGAUGCAUUGAAUGCAGAAGGGCAAUAUAUAGACAUCAUUCUAGCCGAAGUCGACCUUCCAAUAAAAAAGGGCAUGAAGAUGUUGAAGUACAUAGCACGGGAUAAAGAAUUGCGCCGAAUCCCUAUUAUAAUGAUGUCUGCACAAGAUGAGGUAUCAAUUGUUGUAAAGUGCUUGAGGCUUGGAGCAGCAGACUAUCUAGUAAAGCCUUUACGUACUAAUGAGCUAUUAAAUUUGUGGACGCACAUGUGGAGAAGGAGACGCAAGCUUGGUCUUAUAGAGAACAACAUCGUGAAUUAUGAUUUUGAUCUGGUAGCAUCAGACCCAAGUGAUGCCAAUACAAAUAGUACCACCUUGUUCUCUGAUGACACAGAUGAGAGGUCCAAAAGAAGCACUAACCCAGAGCCUGGAAUUUCAAUCCAACAAGAACACGAGGCUAGCAUCGCCACCACUGUUGCUGUUAUUGAGGAACUUUCAUAUGCUAAUCUAUCAGAAUAUCAGCCCGAUGUACCCGGAAUUAGUGAUCGAAGAACAGGUUCAUCUGGACAGCAUCCGCCAUGCAACAGAGUUACGGAUGGUGGCUUUGAUGGUCCAAAGAAGAGUGAACUAAGAAUUGGAGAGUCAUCAGCCUUUUUCACUUAUGUCAAAGCAACAGCAACAAAGAACAACUUUGAAGAGAUUGUGCAUGUCGAAGAUAAUAGUACUUCACAAGGAGUAGAAGAUAUGAAUCAAGCGUAUUCUCAACAAGGGGGCAAUGACCUUCAAAGACAUGAAAUCGGAGAAAUGAUUGAAAGCUGUUCCCAGGACAACUUACCCAGAAGUAAUAGUAUACCUGAUUCUUUCUCUAUUGAGAGAUCGUGUACCCCGGUAUCAAUGGAGGUUUCACAACAAAAUGAUCAUUACAAGGAAGAACAUCCUCGGGGGGUGGUUCAUCCAAGAAGUGGUAAUUAUGGCUCUGAGCUCAACCCACCGGGAAUGCCUUCUCAACAUGCUUAUCAGUAUUAUAUACCAGGAGUUGUUAAUCAUGUUAUGAUGCCAUCAUCAGCACAAUUGUAUCAAAAUAAUAUCCAGGAUCUUCAUAAUCAUGCUAGUUCAUCUAUGAUUGCCCAGUACAGUCAUCUUCCCCAAUGUCCACCUCAUGCAACUGGGAUGGCACCCUACCCGUAUUUUCCAAUGAGUAUUUGCUUACAAACUGGUCAGGUUUCUACAACUCCUUCAUGGCCAUCAUUAGGAAGUUCAACUUCAUGUGAAGCAAAGUUGAGCAAAGUUGAUAGGAGAGAAGCAGCAUUGAUGAAGUUUAGACAGAAAAGAAAAGAGCGAUGCUUUGAUAAGAAAAUUAGGUAUGUCAAUCGAAAACAACUUGCAGAAAGGCGGCCUCGUGUUAGGGGACAGUUUGUGAGAAAGUUGAAUGGUAUUAAUGUGGAUCUAAAUGGACAACCUGCUUCCACUGACUACGAUAAUGAUGAUGAUGACGAAGAGGAAGAAAACAAUGGCGCGAGAGAUACCUCUCCUAAGGAUGCUUGA